AUGUGGGAGGGUCGACCAAUUGACAGUAUCAGUGGUUGGCCGAUAUUUGAAAAUGGUGUAGAUAGUAGCACUGGAAUUUCUAUGUCCUCAUCAACGGUAAUGAGUUGUGGUAAUUCACCGAAAUUAUCCAGUAAAGAAAGUCAUACCAAUUCGUUGCAAUAUCCGCAACACAAUGAGCGCAAUAGAGUAUUUCCAAUAUCGGAUGAAUUGUCAGAUCAGGUAAUUAUCGUUUAA